GCCUGGCUUGGCUCCACCCCCUUGGCAUCGCUGUGUUCUUCGUUUGCUUAGGGUGUGUGUCUAUGUGUGUGUAUGUGUGUGUGUGUGCUGGGAAAAGCCUGCCAACGUUGGAUGCCAAGCCAUUGCUUGUUUCUCUCUCGAACCGUCACGUUGCCGUCCCAUAGUUCUUGCCUGCGGAGUUUAUAUGUGCGCGUUCUUUCAUUCGGCAACCCCAUCUGAGCUGCGCCGUACCACCCGUGUGCUGGAGAAGGGGAGGGGAAGCGAUCGUCAUCGCUAGUUGAGCUCAGUCAGUAGUACCGAAAACGAAGUGGUGUUACUGUAGUGUGCGCCUAGUCGCGAGAGAGCGCUUCCUCCGUUCUACCCAAGCUUUGGCCGCCAUUGUGAAUCCGCGCCCCUGUGUGUGUCUAUACGAGUGAGGAGGGAGGGGGACAGAAAAUAUAGUUUGAGAACGUUUUCUAUCACCGACGCCAUUGUGAAUCGGGUGUCGGCAUCUCGCUCUAAAAAAGAGGAAAUUCGCUACUAGUGUUUGUGUCUUUGUUUUUGACGUUUUUGUGUUUCUUGGGCAUUCGUCGUGAGUGGAUUAAUUCUAAAAACUAAAAGGUUGCCACAGGUUUAAGUUAUGGAAGAAAUUGACCUAGCGUUCUAAGAGCGAUCAGAAGUUUGUUAACCUAAGCAACGAUGGGAUCGUGUCGUCGUGGAUGUGCUUGCAGCAUCGACAGCUGGAUCGUCAGCUCGGCUGGAUGGGCUCCGACGAUGAAGUGGCCAUCAACGCCAUGAAAUGUGCGUCAGUGUCGUUGGUCUACAGCCUCCUCAGUGUCCAUUGCGCAGUAGCGGGAAACGUAGCGGAAGCAGCAUCAGCCAACAACAAUCCAUUCGUCGACAUAGUACGGAGAACAAGAGGAGUAGGUGGUCUGGCCGGCUCGUCUGGUCUCUCGGCGGCCCGGCAGCGAGUGCCAUGGCCCCUGCUUUGACUCAGGCCACACCGCAUCAGCGCUGUUGCCCUCUCAAUAGCAGCCCAAACGCCCCCCCAAGUUUGACAUUACUCCCGAAAUCCCAUCAUUCGUCUUUGUUGAAAGACACUCGUGAAGUGUGGCCGUCUCGUUGCUGCGGCACGAACGGCUCAGUGAAAACAACAGACAUUCGUAGUCCACGAAAUAGUACCAGCAGCAAGUGUCAAAGAAACUCUGGUGGUAUAGGCGUAGCCGUUAGCGGCCAAGAAAUAGCUCGGUCGGACGAAUUGACCAAGAGUCGGGGCGGCGGCGGCGGUGGUAGUGGUGGUGGUAUCGCGGACGGCCAGGGAACCCUGGAUCCGCCACCAACCAUUGUCAACAAGGCUUUAGCGGCACCCGGGCCGCCCCCGACGAUUGGACAAGGCAUCGAUCUGGCGCAUAUCAUCCCUUCGGCUACAGCCGUUGCGCCCAGGUCGUCUCCUCCCAGUAGCGGCGGUGGUAGGGGAACAUCGCCGUCACUCAACGGUAACGCCAACAUGGGCCUGCAUCCCACAGCUCCAGGGGAUCGAAUGGAUCUCGAUUCCCCACCUUUGGUUGUUCAAACGGCCGGUAAAACCCCCGAAUGGUCAGCCACGACGACUACUACUACUAACACCACCUCCUCCUCCUCCACUACCACCACCACCACCACCAAAACGGUAGACGGGAGUCUUGAAGUGAGUGAAGAGGCUGAAGCCAGCGUCCAAGAUAUUCUCGAUGCCAUCAAAAGUAUGGAAGUGGAGCAGUGCGCUGACAUUGGUCUCUCGGCGGCAGAGCAACAAUUGCUCCGUGAUGCAGCUGCCGCAGUCAUGGAAGACGUUGCUGCCCUUCCGGUCGGCGGAGAGCCUUCACCGGUGGUGGUGGUCGACAAGGAAGCCGAAGUGGAGCGCCGACUGAAUGAGGCUCGUGUCAAACAGCAGCAAAUCGAAGCGAGGUGCCAGACGCUGUUGCGACGGGCCGGAAGGCUGCAGUCACGCCAUGUCGGCCGACACGUGGCUGAUCAAGUGGCGCAUUUUGUGACUUAUGCCAAAGAGACCCUGUCUAUUGGGGGCAAAGGCGGUCCUCAUGGCACCGCCGAAUCCAAUCUCUAUGGAUGGGCAGAAGACGGGCGGCUUCCAACGCGCGAAGAAGUUCGUAACAUCCCAACUGCAACUUUAGUCAACCUCGUUAGUCGACUUCAGGCUCCACCCGUCUCCUACCUGAGCAACCGGCGAUAUUUCGGUCUUUCCAAUCGUUGCGCGGCUCCAUCCUCUGGCCAGCAACAACAAUAUCAGUCCUCUGCGAGCCACUACAAUCGAACAGGUCGCCAGUUGACCAGUCAGAUGGCUGAAACUUUAGAAGAAGUCGCCGGCCUUUGGGAGGCACAGCUUCGUUACCUGCAGCGUCACGACGAUCCGGACGCGACGGAAAGCAGUUCCGGUGGUGAAAGUGACGAUGAGGCUGCCCCUCCCGCUAUUGUCGAGCCGUUCAUGCCCACCCCCACCUCAAGCACGACCAACGAAACAGGAGCUCUCGAUAGUACUACUGCUGCAUCUGCUUCCAGUCACGCAGGUUCAACAACUUCUACCCCGGUCACCGGCCUGCCCACGCCGGCUCCGAAACCCGUCUCGACGUAUCAGCGGGCUGCGUGGAGAUGGGCCCGCGAUCGAGCAGCAGUGGCAGCCAGGUGGUCGUGGUUGCAAGCGCAAGUUUCGGAUCUCGAAUAUCGCAUCCGCCAACAUACGGACGUUUACAGGCAAUUGCGAGCAGCCAAAGGUCCCGUCCAGUUUGCCACGGCCAACGGUCUGACGACCAGUACAUCGUCCAGCCCGGUCAAAAGUGAGCCCAGUAGUUGUAGUGCAGAUACGGCCGAAGCAGAAGCGACGGCUUCGUCUCCUUCAUCUUCCAGUCGAACUCGCCCAUUGGUGAGCAUGGCUGGAACGAGUGGCAGCAACAGUGGCAGCAACAACAAUAGCGCUGGUGGAGGUUUCCGCCAUCGCCGGUUGAUCAGAGCCUCACAAAUCGCGGCGGGUAGCGGUCGAAAACCGAGUCGUCAUUCGUCGACAGUUCGAUGUUGCUGCGUCAUGUCCCGCAUAUACACGCCGUGCGUGUUGUGCAAUGGCAAGAACAAUUAUCUGCUGCCGGUAGAUCCUGAUGGCAUGACGCUCAGGGAGCGAAUCGGCCUGACGGACCGUGGUUUCCAUCCAGUUCUCUCGUUGCCGCAAGACAUUCCGCUCAGCGCUCACGUCGAUUCGCUUCUCAAAUCAGGCGAUUGGCGUCCGCCGCCACCUCCCACGUCGCAUCAGCACGUUCCACGCGGGAAUAUAAACAGUCGGCGUUCCAGCUUGAAGGCAACACAAGAGGACGAUAGUUUAUUGGUUGCCGGUUCGGCUAAACGAAAAUCCAAUAACAAGAGGAAGACCAAGGCGAUUGACGGCGGCAGCGAGGACGGCAAACUGGAUAGGAGAAAGGCGUUGAUGAAACGAAGGAAGCGUUCAGCUUUGUCGACUGAUGUCCAGGAUGAAGAUAGCGCCUCGUUCCCUUCGUCGCCGUAUGACACUGGUAGCGUUCAGUCGACCACGCCAGGUCGACAGGGAAACAAUCGCAACGAGCGUAGCUCCGUCUUCCAAGAAUUGAUGCGACGCAGGACCUCGUACGAUAUCGAUAAUAUCGUCAUUCCUUACAGCAUGGCGGCCACGACUCGCGUUGAGAGGCUGCAAUACAAAGAAAUCCAAACGCCUAAAUGGCGCACGGUCGACGACGAGGAAUUGGCUGCUGGCCAGGAAGUGUUAGAAGACAUUGAGGAUGUCAGCGAAGAAGCGUGCGUUGCGCGUCACGAUCGCUCCGAAUUGGAAGAGAGGCGCAAGUUUAUGAGCUAUUUGAAACAGCCUGCGGGAGUAACGAGAGGCCGUCGUCGAGUUGACCAAAUUGAUCGGCUGGACAGCCGGGCCGAUCAGAGCUCCGGUGCCAAUACGCCCGACCCGAUGUCACCAAUCGGUUCCAAAGUCACCGACGGCUCGAUGAUGGAUGUAGACCUUCCUGUCGAAGAAGGAGAACGCGUCGCCGCUGACAUGCCAACAGCUGACGGAUCGUUAACAGCUUCUGCCAUCAAAGAACGUCGACGCACUGCCUCCUUGACGAAAAGAGAUUCCAGUGUAUGGAAAUUUCACGAUGACAAUUCCGGCAUGUCCUGGGAGAUGGAAGAGCCGUUUUUUACAGUCGCCCCAUAUGAGCCACGCCUGUUUCCCCUGUCGGACAGUGUCUAUGACCAAUUGGUUGAGGAGAUGCCUCCUGAAGAAGCCGACGAAGAAUUGGCACCGCAGGAGGCUGGUACACGAUUGAAUAAACGAGAAGCUAGAUCAUCCGAGUGCGGCAGUGCCAGUGUUGGAGUGCCCGUCGUUUUGGCUCCAGGAGCCACGCCGACGACUACGACGUCGUCCGUGGACGACGAAGCUGUCACCUUUGUCUCUGAAUCAACAAAUUCACCUGGUGCCGACGACCUCGAUGUCGAGGAUGAGGACCCCAAUGAUCCCGAGUGGGAAGGAAGCCAGGGUAGUGCUCCGAGGAGCAAGAAGAGAUAGCCUAAAUCGUCGCUCUCCAUUUCCCCCUGUAGAUGCGAAACAAACGCUAAUUCCUCUCACCACCGUGUGUCUGUUACCAAGCUCCGUAGUGUGUCGUAAACAAAGCAAAACAAAAUCAAGUUAAACAAACAAACAAAAAAAGUUAACUCUUCCUUAAACGUAGUAACAAGAUGGUCGAUUUAUGAUUUUUUUUUUUUUUUCCUUUUUUUUCCUUUUUUUUCCUUUUUUUUCCUUAGCUCUUCGAAUACAUACGCGGAAGAAGACGAAAACUUGAGUAUGUGUGAUAGAUUUAUACAUAGUGAAAAUGAGAAAGAGAGUAGGAGAAACGUGACUCUUUCCUCUUUUGCUGUACAUAGUUGCGCAAGAAAUUGAAAAGUUGGAUGAUAAUGUCUGGUUGUUCGUCACUCCGAUCUGUUGGCGCAACCUUUAUCCCUUUACUCCUCACAUGUUUUUUUUUUUUUUUAUUUUUAUUUUUUAUUUGUGCUUUGUUUCCUGUGCUAUGUAAUUCGCAAAGUCACCUCUGUUCCCUUGUUUACACCGUCUUUCUUUCCUCUCUUUCUACCCAAACACACUUAAAAACAAGUAAUUGCGGAUCGAGUGCAGAUUGUGAGAAAUUAGACUCGUUUUGCAUGGGUUCUUUCGUCAUUUAGUUCACCUCUUUACACUGUUCGGUUAUGAAAAGGGAAGGGAUAAUGACCCCUGUCGAACAACUGAUUAUAAAUAUUUAACCAAGUUCAUAUAUUUUUUUUUUAAUUCUUUUCUGUUGUGGAUUUCCUUCAUGAUGUUUUUUUUCCGUCUUGGUCCACGUUUCUUUCAUCAGUGUAUAAAUAUCAUACUAUUUCUUUCUCGUUUCCCUUACCCUCUUGGCAUUCGUGUGUUUAUUUUGUUUUGUUUUGUUUUUUUUUCUCUCGAAAAAAACAAACAAAAAAAAUACAGUUCUCCCAGAUUGUUCACAAAAA